AUGCACCUUCCAUUCCCUGCCACUCACCUUCUAUUCCCUGCCAUGCCCCUUUCCAUUCCCUGCCACUCACCUUCUAUUCCCUGCCAUGCACCUUCCAUUCCCUGCCACUCACCUUCUAUUCCCUGCCAUGCACCUUCCAUUCCCUGCCACUCACCUUCUAUUCCCUGCCAUGCACCUUCCAUUCCCUGCCACUCACCUUCUAUUCCCUGCCAUGCCCCUUUCCAUUCCCUGCCACUCACCUUCUAUUCCCUGCCAUGCCCCUUUCCAUUCCCUGCCACUCACCUUCUAUUCCCUGCCAUGCACCUUCCAUUCCCUGCCACUCACCUUCUAUUCCCUGCCAUGCACCUUCCAUUCCCUGCCACUCACCUUCUAUUCCCUGCCAUGCACCUUCCAUUCCCUGCCACUCACCUUCUAUUCCCUGCCAUGCCCCUUUCCAUUCCCUGCCACUCACCUUCUAUUCCCUGCCAUGCACCUUCCAUUCCCUGCCACUCACCUUCUAUUCCCUGCCAUGCACCUUCCAUUCCCUGCCACUCACCUUCUAUUCCCUGCCAUGCCCCUUUCCAUUCCCUGCCACUCACCUUCUAUUCCCUGCCAUGCACCUUCCAUUCCCUGCCACUCACCUUCUAUUCCCUGCCAUGCACCUUCCAUUCCCUGCCACUCACCUUCUAUUCCCUGCCAUGCACCUUCCAUUCCCUGCCACUCACCUUCUAUUCCCUGCCAUGCCCCUUUCCAUUCCCUGCCACUCACCUUCUAUUCCCUGCCAUGCACCUUCCAUUCCCUGCCACUCACCUUCUAUUCCCUGCCAUGCACCUUCCAUUCCUUGCCACUCACCAACUUCUCCCGCCACACAGUUGCCCCGCUUUCAUUGCUCUGAACCUCAUAUGGGGUGCUCAAGGCAUGGAUAGUAAGGGGUGGUAA